AUGGGUAAACACGCUAAUAAGCCUAAGCACGGAAACUCUAAGAGACAAACAUGUGCUCAAAAACAUAAAAUUGAAAAGAAAAUUAAGGACCACAAUAAAAAGAUGAAAAAAGAAGCCAAGAAGCUCAAGGCUUUGGGUAUCAUUAAGAAGAAGAGUACUCAAAAUGUCGAUCUUCCUAACUUGUUCCCUUACAAGAAGAAUAUUUUGGAUCAAUUAGAAAGAAAGAAAAAAGAAAAGGAAUUAGAAAAGCUCUAAAACAAAUAAAAAAAUGAGGAUAUUGAUAUUGAAACUGUCCAAAAUAAAGCUUUAAUUUAUGAAGAACAAGAGUUAAAGAACUUAGCAAAAGAAAACCAAAAUGAAUAUGAUGGAGUUCAUCUUAAUGAAGCUAAUGUUAUCGUAAAGGAAGGUAAAAAGUAUUACAAGGAAAUGAAAAAGGUUCUUGAAGCUUCUGAUAUCCUCCUCGAAGUAUUAGAUGCUAGAGAUCCCGAAUCUUGCAGAUGUAGAAAAGUUGAAGCUGAAGCUCUUUCUAUGAAGGGUAACAAAAAGAUCAUUCUUGUCUUAAAUAAGAUCGACUUAGUUCCUGCAGGUAAUGCUGAAGCAUGGUUGAAAGUUCUCAGAAGAGAAUAUGCAACAGUCUUAUUUAAGGGAAAUACUUAAAAUCAAAGCAGCAACUUAUCUGGUAACAGUAUCUUUAAAAAAUCAAUUACUGAAAGAGAAGAUUUAACUAACGAAUUGAUGAGCAGUAGCAAGUCUGUUGGUGCUGAUAAAUUACUUGAAUUGAUUAAGAACUAUUCCAAGAAUGAAGGAACUAAAACUGCAGUUACUGUAGGUGUUAUUGGUUAUCCCAAUGUUGGAAAAUCAUCUCUUAUUAACUCAUUAAAAAGAUCCAAAGCUUGUGGUGUAAGCAGCACUGCUGGUUUCACAAAAACUUUAUAAGAAGUUAGCAUUGAUAGCAAAGUUAAAAUUAUUGAUUGUCCCGGUGUAAUCUUUGAUGACGAAAGCAGCAAAAACUCUACCUUACUUAGAAAUAUAGUUAAGCCCGAUUAAAUUGAAGAUCCUAUAGUCCCUGUUGAAGAAAUUCUUAAAAAAGUAAGUAAAAACGAUUUGCUUUUAUUAUACAAGAUAGCUGAUUUUAAAAAUACAACUGAAUUCCUCUGCAAUUUAGCAUUAGCCAAGGGUAAAAUAAAAAAGGGUGGUGCUCCUAAUUUAGAUAUGGCAGCAAGAAUGGUUAUUUAAGAUUGGAAUGCUGGUAAAAUAAAAUAUUUCACAGUUCCUCCAGUUUAUAAUGAUGUUGAAAGUUCUGCUAUCAAUAAUAAUAAUCUUCAAAGCAUUAAUGAAAUGGAUCAAGAAUGA